ACGCCAAGAAAAACAGUCUUUCUACUUCCCGAUGGCUCUGGUUCCGCCAUGUCGUAUUCCCGCAUCCCCUCCUUGGGACCGGGCAUAUGUCUUUACGGUCUGAACAGUCCUUUCCUAUCAAAUCCCGGAGGCUUUCUCCCCAUUCCAGACAUUGCCCCAAUAUGGGCUGCGGAGAUUCGUCGUCUACAGCCGAAGGGAUCUUACAUUCUGGGAGGCUGGUCUGCCGGAGGAUACUACUGCUUCGAGGUCGCCAAGUACCUCCUGCAACAUGAGAGGGAAGACGAUGGUCGCCCAGUCGAGGUGGAAAAGCUCAUACUCAUCGAUAGCCCGUCCCGAAACGUCUUCGAGGCUCUUCCAAUGGCCGUCGUCACCACUCUUUCAAGUCAAGGGUUGAUGGGGAACUGGGGCACCAACGAGGCGCCGAAGUGGCUGUUGGACCACUUCGAUGCCACGAUUGCGCGGGUUGAGGAGUACCAGCCCUCCCCUCUAACGAUUCUACUCCGAGGUCAGGCGCUGCCCAAGGUGUUCGUGAUCUGGGCUACCGAUGGCGUCUACGGUCCUGGAGGCGCAGCAGCUUCGGGUCUAGACACGACGGUCAAGGUGACCAAGUUCAUGUUGGAGGACAGGCUCGACAUGGGGCCCAAUGGGUGGGAUAAACUGUUCCCAAAAGGCACCCAGAUGGCUGUCGCAACUACUCCGGGAACGCACUUCACACUGAUAUUUCCCCCGCAUGUA